AUGAUUAUAAACAGAAUAUUGAGAUUAAGUAAUUCUUUAUUCCAUCGUGACUCACUUUUCCUGUUUGCUCAUACUCAAACAUGUCCAACAAGAAAAAGACCUGUCUGUCCAUCAUCUGGCUCUACUUCUUCAGACACACCCGGAGGUGGCACAGCAAUCAAACGUAGAGCCGAACCUGGGAAAGUUCGUCUCGGCAUGUUCCCAGAUGACUGGUUCACAUUUUUUCACAGCAAGACUGGUGUUAGCGGGCCAUACAUACUCGGUAUAUUGCUGACGAACUACAUGUUCAGUAAAGAAAUCUACGUCAUGGAACACGAGUAUUACGCCGGUCUUUCAAUCUUUGUAAUCAUCGUUGGGAUCACCAAAAACUUCGGGAAAGACAUCGGGAAGGUCCUCGAUUCUGAAAUAGAUGCACUGGAGAAUGAACUCAACCAAGGAAUUAAGAAUCAGCUGAACUUGUAUGAGACAGUAAUAAAAGAUUGUCAAGAAAUGCAAAAGCAGGCGAAGGGACAACAGAUGUUAAUGGACGCGAAGAAAGAGAAUGUGAGCAUGCAGUUAGAAGCAGUGUACAGAGAGAGGUUGAUGCAAGCGUACAAUGCAGUCAAAGGCCGAUUGGAAUACCACUCUAAGCGAACGAGAGUACUGAAUAGGAUUCACCAGAAAUGGAUGCUGGAAUGGAUUCUAGAUAAUGUGAGAAAAUCUAUAACACCAGAUUUUGAGAAGCAAGCACUUAAUCGCGCAAUAGAAGACUUGUCUGCGAUGGCUGGGCGUGCUUAG